GCUCGAGCGCGUCAAACUUAGCUCGUGCGCCGUGCUUCAGAACACCACGUCCGCGCGAGCAGAGGAGACCCACAACAUUCGCGUUGAAAGAAACCCGAAAGCCUUCAUUUACAGAAAAGACCUCGUUUAACAGGGAAGGAGGUGUCUUCUAGGGCCCUUUUCUACUUUUCAAAGGUGUGCGUCCCCCCCCGCGCCCCACCACGGCCCUUACUUGCGUGUUGCGGUGCUUCCCCUGCGAGCCGACCUGGGCCGGCAGCCCCUUCCCGCACCGCCCGCCGACCCCGCCCAUGGUCGCCAUGACGCGCUCCAAGACGUUCCAGGCCUACCUGCCCACCUGUCACCGCACAUACAGCUGUAUCCACUGCAGGGCCCACCUGGCCAACCACGACGAGCUCAUCUCCAAGUCUUUCCAAGGAAGUCAAGGCAGAGCCUAUCUCUUCAACUCUGUGGUGAAUGUGGGUUGUGGACCAGCUGAAGAGCGAGUUCUCCUCACUGGCCUCCAUGCUGUUGCUGACAUCUACUGUGAGAACUGCAAAACCACUCUGGGAUGGAAAUAUGAGCACGCCUUCGAAAGCAGUCAGAAGUACAAGGAAGGGAAGUUCAUCAUUGAACUGGCGCACAUGAUCAAGGACAACGGCUGGGACUAAAAGCCGUGGGGAGUGGCCUCAGGAACAGGCUGGGGCGGAAUCUGGGCGGAGCCAGUUCAGGCACUGGACCUGCGGAUGAAUGAGUGAUGCCAGCUCGAUUUUACCUUGCCUCCUGUGUUCUGCCUUUUGUCCCGCACACACACACACACACACACACACACACACACACACACACACACACACACUCACUCCUCACCUCUGGGGCUAGGGCAUAAGAGAAAGGGUCUCAGAUGCAGAGGAAAGACCCAGCUAGAGUGUGUGUGGUGUGUGUGUGUGUGCGCGAGCGCGUCUCAGCGGAAUAAAUGGCUGUGCGAAUACACAAGUGCAUUAUAUAACUCAUAAAGCAAGACCCACACUCCUGUAGAUAAUUACACCUAGACCAACACUUGCAUGUCUCUCCCAUCCUGGACUGAGAGCUUUAGACAGCCCUGUGUGUGUGUGUCAGGGGGGCUAUGGUGAUUCUCCUAAAUGCGGCUGCGCGUGGGCCCUGCCAGUGAAGCCAGUGAGGACAGGGCUCAGAACGGGGCUCUGACAGACGCACCAAUGAGAGAGACCCGUAUGAAUAGGGCUCUGACAGACGCACCAAUGAGAGAGACCCGUAUGAAUGGCUGAACAAGUCCCAUUGGUUGUCUGAGUCUGAGCUGUAGACAGAGAUUGCCCCUGAGCUGCCUCUGCCUUCUUGACAUGCCCGUAAAAUCCUGCCCAUUCUGUAUAGCUGGCCUUUUCCCCUGCGUUGCUAAAACUGCUAACUUGUGCACGUAGCCGUUUCCAUGGCGACGUACUGGAGCUCCCACAUCUGUGUCCACUGUUGGCCCUUGGGCUGGUCCCUAUUGUCUGUAAGGUUUGAGCUCUUUUUUUUACCUAAUUAUGGCCUUUUUAGCAGCAGCGUAUUGGUAUAAAGGUGAGGGGUUCACAGCUGUCCUUUAGUCUAGAAUACUGUAAACCUGAAAUACUGUUUCCUUUUAAGAAGGGUUCUUCAAACAAACACAAACUAAAGAGUAACAGUGAGUAACCCUGAGUAACAGUGAAAACACCUUUGGUUUUGGUGUCCCCCAAAUCAACCAAAGAACCCAUAUGUCGACAAUUCGGCUUCCUUGCUGAGAAGAUCCAGAGCUGGUGUGACGAGUCUGCUCAUCCCAGCUUUCCUCCUGAGGGUGAAACACAUUCAUACUAUUCAUAUGACAGAUAAUAUAUUCAAACGUAUUCAUUUAGAAUUAUGGAAAGCAUCAUGGCAUAUGUUGCAUUUUCAGACUGUAAAUAGACAUGUGUAAGGUUUGGUAUUUAUUAACCGUGUGUUUCGUCUGAAGGCCUGCCAGGGCGCUCAGUAUUUACUACCUUUUUUACUCUUGGAAUAUGUUUAGAUUUUCGUGUCUUUUAUAAAAGGAUGAGAAAAUGACGUACUGGAGCUUCACCUCAAUGAGAAUAAACAUGGACAUUGUUCCCUCA